AUGGUGCCUCUCUUCGGUGCGGCAGCCUCUGACGUUGGCGGAAGGAAAACGGUGUACAUGGUCGGACUCGGCAGUUUUCUCAUUGCCAACACAUUACUGGCUUUGCUGCCAGCACACAUCGCUCUCCUAUACUUUCUCCGUAUCUUCCAGGCAUUCGGAUCAUGUAUCGUCUUCUCGGUCGGAGCUGGUACAGUAGCCGAUAUCACAGAGCCCGCCAGACGUGCAUCCGCCUUAGCAUGGUUUCUCAUGGGACCUCAACUUGGCCCCAUCCUUGGUCCACUUAUAGGCGGUCAGUUCGCAACCGAGACCAGAUGGCGAUGGGUCUUUGGCUUCCUCUCGCUCGCCAGUCUUCCGGUUUACCUUGCCAUCGUAUUCUGCAUGCCAGAGACCUUGCGGUCAUUGGUGGGUAACGGCACAGCCCUUGCGCACCAGCCUUGGUUCUCGAUACCAAAGUUCCGGACAAAACCGUGUACAGACAUGAAAGUUCCGAAAGCUCCCCGACCGUCGUUUCGAAAAUUCAUGCACCUUCUCAAGUAUCCUCCUCACUUGAUUGUCUCUUUCAAUGGUGCCUUCCAGUUUGCCGGUCUAUAUGGCAUGUACAUAUCCUUCCCCACCAUUUGGCAGGAAGGGUACAACUGGACAACUGCCGAGGUUGGGUAUGGCUUCCUUUGUCCCGGUAUUGCGAUGUUCAUUGCUUCGAUCCUCGUAGGUCGACUCUCUGACUAUAUGCGCAAAAGGGCCAUCGCGAACAGUUCUGAUGGCAAGGUUGCACCUGAGCGGAGAAUCGCCAUCCAGAUACCCGGAUUUCUUAUCGCAGCGGCUGGAAAAAUCAUGUUCGGUUGGUUCGCACAUAAUCACGUGCACCCAGCAGCGGGUCUGUUCAGUUCAGCUCUCGCAGCAGUUGGUGUUUCCGUCGUCUUCGUUACUAGCACUUCAUUCCAGACUGAGUGUGAUCCUGCUCAGACUGCCAGUCUAGUGGCAUUAGGAGGAUUUCUUCGCAAUGUCGCUGCAGCGAUUUGCGCAGCCAUCAUGGGUAGCAUCCUGGACGGAAUGGGCUGGGGAUGGGCGUUCACCGGCUUAGGAAUUUUGGACCUCCUCUGCAUACCAGGAGUUCUCCUGAUCUUGGUCCGUGGCGCAAAGUUCCGCGAGGCGUUGAAAAGAGAGCAGCAGCUAAAUAAAGCAAGUCUACGCAAAAUGACCAACUUCAAGGUCGACAUUGUAAGCGACACUGUGUGCCCAUGGUGCUAUGUAGGCAAGAAGCGCUUGGAGAAGGGUAUCGCGGCCUACAAGGAGAAGCACCCUGAUUCCACAGACACUUUCGAUACCAACUGGUUCCCUUUUUACUUGAACCCCGAUGCGCCAAAGAGCGCCGACAAGCAACAACUGUACGAGUCGAAAUUUGGCAAAGAGCGCACAGCAAUGAUGCAAGAGCGCCUCUCACAGAUUGGCAAAGAGGAGGGAAUCAACUUCAAAUACGGCGGCAAGACUGGGAACACACGCGAUUCGCACCGGCUUAUACAACUUGGAAAAACCAAGGGCCCGCAAAUGCAGACGCGAGUGAUUGAGGAGCUCUUCGCUGCAUACUUCGAGAAUGAGAAGGAUAUUACUACCCAAGAGAUCUUAACCGAGGCAGGUGUCAAAGCUGGGCUGGAUGAGAAAGAGAUCAAGGAUUGGUUGGAGGCAGGCAAGGGAGGCCCUGAGGUUGAUAAGGAAGUGCAGCAGGCGCGUCGACAACAGAUCACUGGCGUUCCCAAUUUUACCAUAAAUGGCAUGUAUGAAGUCGGUGGAGCACAGGAUCCGGCUGCCUUUGUACAGUUGUUCGAGCGAUUGAAGAGACAGGAAGGUAACCUGUAA